AUGAAGGAGAAAGAGACCGAACCCACUGUGGCCGUGACCACCGGAGCGGCCAUCGACGAAGCAGCACCAGAUGUGGCCAUCUCCCAUCUGAAACAACUCAAGAAGGAGCAUGAAUGGGACCCAAACCUGCCCGAAGAUCUCAUUGACAAUUCUCCAUAUCCAGAAGUGCGUGCAGCCGUCCCAAACUACGACGAGGGCGGUCAUACCAAUACCAUCCGCGCCUGGGUCAUUGGCCUAGUCCUAUCCACUGUUGCAUCGGGGAUGAACAUGCUAUUCUCUCUGCGGCAGCCGUACAUUGUUAUUCCUUCGUAUGUUGUUCAGGUUGUGGCCUACCCAAUCGGUGUAGGUUGGGCCAUGUUGCUGCCGAACAAAACUUUCAAUGUGUUUGGUCUCAAGUUCAAUCUGAACCCCGGCCCUUUCAGCAAAAAGGAACACGCCAUUGCAGUCCUCAUGGCCAAUGCUUCUUUUGGGGGUGGUACUGCCUAUGCCACCGAUAUCCUAGUCGCCCAGCGAGCCUUCUACAAACAACGGUUCGGUUGGGGCUUUGAGCUUCUCUUGUGUAUAUGUACUCAGAUGUUGGGCUUUGGCUUUGCGGGCUUCUUUCACCGGUUUCUCGUCGCCCCAGCAGCUAUGAUUUGGCCCUCGACGCUCAUAAAUACAUCUAUAUUUAGUGCACUGCACGAUCGCAGUCUCCCCGAUCCACGAAAGGUUGCUGGUUGGACAAUCGGCAGAUAUCGCAUGUUUUUGUACUGUUUGGUCGGAUCUUUCGUCUGGUACUGGUUUCCUGGUUAUAUUGCUCCCUUCCUCAGCGUCUUCGCCUGGGUGACAUGGAUCAAGCCUCAGAGCCCUGUCGUCAACCAGCUCUUCGGCGGCUGGACGGGCUUGUCUUUACUCCCUAUUACCUUUGACUGGACUCAGAUCUCCGGUUUCAACUUCAGUCCACUGAUCUCGCCGUGGCAUGCCCAUGCGAACACCCUUAUUGGUAUGGUAGUGUUCUAUUGGAUCUGCACUAUCGGUCUACACUACAAUAAUGCCUACUGGUUCAAGCAUUUGCCCAUUAGUGAUUCCAGCAGCUAUGAUAACACCGGAUCGGUAUACGAUGUGUCUAGAAUCCUGACACCAGAGUUUACCUUCGAUGAUGCCAAAUACAAAGAGUACUCGCCACUCUUUCUGUCCACUACAUUUGCUUUGUGUUACGGCCUGAGCUUUGCUGGCGUUAUUGCCGUCCUUCUGCACGCAAUAUUGUUUCAUGGCAAGGAGGUCUUGGCUCGUGUCAAGACUUUCCGCAAGACUGAGGAUGAUGUCCACGCCCGUCUAAUGGCUCGCUUCAAGCCCGUACCGCUGUGGUGGUAUGGUGCACUCUUUUUGACCAUGCUUGGUAUAGGUCUGGGUGUGUCACUCGGAUAUCCUACUCAUCUGAGUUGGUGGGCUUUCUUCGUCUCCUUGAUCAUGGCCAUCGUGUGGACUUUGCCGGUCGGGAUUGUGCAGGCAGCCACAAACAUUCAACUGGGGCUUAACGUUUUGACAGAGUUUGUGAUCGGCUACAUGCAGCCUGGAAGGCCAAUGGCCAUGAUGCUUUUCAAAACAUUUGGUUAUAUAUCCAUGUCCCAGGGCUUAUACUUCUGCCAGGACAUGAAACUCGGUCACUAUAUGAAAAUUCCUCCCCGGGUUACAUUUGCCGCCCAAAUGGUCGCUACCCUGUGGACGUCGAUCGUCCAAAUUGCAGUCAUGAACUGGGCAUUAGGAUCGAUCGAUGGUAUCUGUGACAAGGAUCAACCGAACCACUACAGCUGUCCGAAUGGCCGCGUUUUCUUCAACGCCUCCGUCAUCUGGGGAGUCAUUGGGCCCGCUCGCAUGUUCUCACCCGGUCAGCUCUACUCCGGCUUAAUGUGGUUCUGGCUCGCUGGCGCUAUCUUGCCUGUACUCAUCUAUCUGGGCGCCCGUAUAUGGCCCCGGAGCAAGAUCCGCUACCUAAGCGCGCCCCUGAUCUUCACCGGUGCCGGAUUGAUUCCCCCUGCUACGCCGCUCAACUACCUCAGCUGGGGCAUUGUGGGCUUCAUCUUCAACAAGUGGAUUCGCAGCCGCUGGCGCGGCUGGUGGAUGCAGUACAACUAUGUCCUGUCUGCAGGACUCGACGUCGGUCUCACCCUAUCCACGAUCGUCAUCUUCCUUUGCCUGCAGUUGACUGAUACCACUUUCCCGUCAUGGUGGGGUACUCGUAUUGCAACAGAUACUAUGGAUGCUGCCGGCACAGCCGUAGAAAUUACUGGAGAGAAAUUUGGCCCAACGACAUGGCCAUCCGGUUGA